AUGGAAGCUGCGAUGGGACUGAUGCGGAGGAUACCGCCGAAACACACAGAAACAGCUCUCUCUGCGCUUCUCAGCCUUAUGCCUCAUCACUCCUCCGAUCUCCUCUCUCAAGUCGAUCAGCCCCUCCAGGUUCUCUGCGAUGCGGAAUGCGGGAAGGAGUUCAUUUUGUGUGAAUACAACAGAGAUGCUGACUCUUACAGAUCACCUUGGUCGAAUAAAUACCAUCCACCAUUAGAAGACGGGUCCCUUCCUUCUGUAGGGCUGCGGAAGCUGGAAGUUGAAGCAAAUGACAUAUUUGCAAUAUAUCGUGACCAGUAUUACGAAGGUGGCAUUUCAUCAGUUUACAUGUGGGAAGAUGAUAAUGAAGGUUUCGUAGCCUGCUUCCUAAUAAAGAAAGAUGGCUCAAAGACAGGGCAGGGUCGACGGGGAUAUUUAGAGGAAGGAGCAUGGGAUGCUAUACAUGUUAUAGAGGUGGGACCAGAGGAAGAAGAAAACACCAAUUAUCGUUUGACCAGCACAGUUAUGCUGACUAUGACUACAAAUAACGAGUCAUCUGGAACUUUCAGUUUAUCUGGGUCAAUUAGACGUCAGAUGAAAAUGAGGCUAUCAGUUGCUGAUGGACAUCUUUGUAACAUGGGAAGGAUGAUUGAAGAAAUGGAGAGUAAGCUGAGAAACUCACUAGAUCAGGUAUACUUUGGGAAAACAAGAGAAAUGGUUUGCACACUGAGACCACCUUCUGAAGUGUCACAGAUGAGAAUGCCCGAGAGCUGA